UGCUGCUGCUGCCCGCUCCUGCUGUUGCUGGCUGUUGGUGCUGCUGCGGUUGCUGGAAUGGACAGCUACAUUGCUAAUUUGAUUUAUUCAUCUUCACGCAAGACAAUAAAAUGGCUAAAAGCAAAGUUGGUGAAAGCAUGGAUGCAGGGGAGCCAUCAAAGCAUGCACCAGUUGAUCAUCAGGGGAAGCCACUGAUGGAACAAAAGCUCCUGAAAGCAGCUACGCUUGGUUCAUUUCAAGAAUCAGAUGGUACAACAAAGGUAAAGGGCUCUCUAAACAGAAGCAUGCUGCUUGGAAGAACAGCACAGGGGAACACCUGCCUUCACAUAUCUUCCAUGCAUGGCUAUGAGAGAUUCUGCAGUCAUGUGCUGGAGCUAGACGACUCACUGCUUGCUGCUGUCAACUCCCAUGGGGAAACACCCCUGCUGAUCGCCAUUACCAGUGGACACCCCUCUUUGGCCUCUUUUUUUCUCAGUCGCUGCAAUAUUAAUCCAGGGCUCAGUGGUUCAAUCUUGACACAGGAUUGUAAUGGAUGUAAUGCACUGCACCAUGCUAUUCGCAGUGGCUACAGGGACCUUGCUCUGGAGUUGAUAAAUGCUCAGCCUGACUUGUCCAAAGGUGUAAACAUAUUCAAGGAGUCCCCCAUGUACCUGGCGUUAACAAAAGGUUUUGAGGAUGUUUUUCACAAAUUGUUUGCGAUUCCGGAUUCAGCUGAUUCAGGAACCUACAGCUACAAUGUUCUCCAUGCUGCUGUGAAAAAUGGGAACCCAGAUGUUGCUAAGGAAAUCGUGGAGUCCCGUGAAUGGCUGGCCAGACAAGCAGACGAGACUGGGAAUACUCCAGUGCAUAUGGCCAUUCGCUGGGGCAACCACAAAAUGCUACGAGUAUUGCUGGAACAGGAUUGGACUUUAGGUUAUCUAUGGAAAAUUAACAAGAAAGGAGAAACCGAACCACUUCUUGUUUGUGCCGCAUAUCAAGGCCAUGUGAAUGCCGCUGAAGUGCUUCUCGAGCAUUGUCCAGACGCUCCUUAUUGCAGAGAAGAUGGCUGGACAUGUCUUCAUGAAGCUAUAAGAUUUGGUCAUCUAGAGUUUGUUAAAUUUAUCCUGAGGCAUCCGCAGCUUGGAAAACUAAUUAACAUGCGAGAUGAAAAAGGAAAGACGGCUCUGCAUCACGCAGUCUGUGCGUGCAAUCCCAAGAUCGUGGCUGCUCUCCUUCGCAAACGCACGCGCAUAGACUACACAAUGCUUGACAAACAACGUGAUCCAGCCAUCUGGGAACUAAAGGAGGUCAUCAAGCAAGCCAAGACUUUAAACUGGAGUGAAGUUUCUAUGCUUAUAUUGGAAGCUGAUCCUGGAUGUAAGUCCACAAUUGCUAACCUACAUAAGAAAGCCAAACGAGAAGUAACUAAAGCUGCAAGGAACAAUGCAAAGGAUCUAACCAAAAUGUACACAAACAACACUUCGGUAGUGGCUAUCCUAAUUGCAUCAAUUACCUUUGCUGCUGCAUUCACCUUACCUGGUGGAUACAGCUCUACUUCUGGAAGUGAAGGGCUUCCUAUCAUGGCAAGAAAAAUUGCAUUCAAAGCAUUUUUGGUCUCUGACACCUUAGCUAUGUUAUCCUCACUUUCUGUUGCCUUCAUAUGUGUCUUGGCAAGAUGGGAGGAUCUUGAAUUCUUGCUUUAUUAUAGAUCCACCACUAAGAAACUUAUGUGGUUUGCAUACAUGACAACAGCUGUGGCAUUUGCAACGGGUUUAUACACAGUGCUGGCCGCUCAGCUUAUGUGGUUUGCUAUUGGAAUUUGCGUUCUGUCAGUUUUAAUGCCCAUUCUUACUAAGGUGCUUGGUGAAUGGCCCAUUUUGAAACUUCGAAUCCAGUUUGGACCUUCUUCUGUGCCUGAAUCCUUUGAUAUGGUCUGAAAACAUCAAUUUGUGCACUCUUUUGUAUCUGUUUUCUACUAUUAUCUUUUGAAUGAAUAAAUGUGGACUCUUUUUUAUUGUUUUG